UGAGGCUGAGUGUGGAAUAGUUAAUUUAUUUUAUUCUGAAAUAAUGUUGCAAGCCGUCCAGAGAUGACAGGAAUGGACGGCAUACAAAUCUUUUUUUUUUAAGAAAUUUUAUUAGGAUUUCAAACUAAUACUACAAAUAUCAAUCGUCACACACAUCGGAUUUACUGGGUCAGCCCCCUACUACAUAUCUUUUAACAUUCUAUGAUCAUACUAAAAUCCAUUUAUAAUAACUUGAAAACAUCUUUAGAUCAGAACCUAGUCCCAUUUCUCCAGCCAAUUAAAAAAAAAAAGUAAUUCCAAAUUUGAUAGAAGUCACUAUCUUCCUCCUCUUCAUCAGUGAAAUCAGUCUCAUCAUUUCUUGCAAAAUCUUGUUUCUCUUGACCAAUGUCCAAGCGGGAACAAGAGGGCAGAUCCUCCCCAGGCACAAGCUGCAUCCCAGUGUCCUGCUUAAGGUAUCAGAGUGUCCUCAUUUGCAUGUCUUGAUCACAACAUUGAUGAGUCUCCUCUCAGCCCGAACAGGGACCCCAGAAGGACUCGAAACUGAAACUUCAAACAAGCCUGAGAACUCAUCAAAACACAUCUGAAAACUUAACACACUCUGGAAACCUUAAAAAAUCUGAAAACUUAAACAGACCUGAAAACUUAAAACACAAAAAAACCCUGAAACCUUUUUAAAGAAGAACUUUUUAAAAAUCUGAACAUUAUAAAAGCAAAAGCAUUCUGAAAAUGUAAAAAAAUGGGGAACAAUGUUAAAAACCAAAUCUGAAAACUAUUAGAAACCUUCUCUGGAACAACUCUGAAAUCUUUUAAAAACUGCUUUGGCCUCAGGGUGUGGUGGAGAUGAUGGGAUAUGAGUCUGGCUCAUUCCACCUACUGCUGACAGUGCCAGCUGUGCUGGUGGGGAUGAUGGGUUCCUUUGUUUGCCUCAUCUGGAAGCUUCCUGGCCAUCUCGUGGGCAGAAGGCCGAGCCUCGAGGCUGGCCAUGCUGAGCAGGCCACGGUCAGGUCGGGGUCUGUGUGGCGCUGCCUGACGCAGUUUGGUGCUGCCGUUGGCAGGUACGGCGGAUGCUCCGUGGAAGUGAAAGGCCACACCGUGUCUUCCCUCGUGUCCCACGCCCAGCCGGUUUAUCAGCCGUACCUUACCAUAUGCGAGGGGCACAGGCUUUGCAGCACAUACAGAACUACCUACAGAGUUGCCCAGCGCCAGGUGUACCAGAAGGUUUCUCAGCUGGCUUGUUGUCCUGGGUGGAAAUGGACAAAAAGCCCAUCCCAGUUUGGAUGCAAUGAAGCGAUCUGCCGGCCCGUGUGUCGAAACGGGGGCACGUGUCUGCUCCCCCACAAGUGCCUCUGCCCUCCUGGAUGGACAGGACGGUGUUGCCAAACAGACGUGGAUGAGUGUGCCAGAGGGAGACACGGCUGCAGCCAGCUCUGCUUCAACGUGGCCGGCAGCUACCGCUGCACCUGCCGGCAAGGGCACACGCUCCUGGAGGACGGGAAAACGUGCCGGGCCCUGGAAGCGCCCCCCAAGAGCACCGCCACCAGUGCCCCGGCCAGAAGCUCUGACCCGCCGGUGAGGGACGAGGUGGCGGACCUGAGGACCAGGAUGGCAGCUCUGGAGGACACAUGCCGGCGUGCACUGGCCCCGUUCCUCGAGCUGGACGCCGCGGGCACGGAGGGCUCGCCCAGGGACCCCGCUAGCCUGCUCGUGCACGCGCUGCAGCAGCUGGACCGCGUGGAGUCGCUCAGCGAGCAGGUCUCCUUCCUGGAGGGGCAGCUGGAGACGUGCUCUUGCAAGAAGGAACGCUGAGGAAGGAGGAAGCAAGAUGGAAGACGGAAGAGAAGGACCCGUGCCCCCUUUCCCCCACCGAUUCAGCUGCGCUGCAGCACACGCCUGGCGCCUGUCCUAAGCGCAGCCACGGAAUCCCCACCCAGGGCGGAACUUGAGCCCCGGCAUUUGAGCCACACGAGGCGGGAUGCUGCGCCAGUCCAGGCAAGAGGCUCCCCGCCAGGCAGACGCUCUCGCUCCACGGAGGGCUGCUGGCCAAACUGCUGCAUGGGGGCAAAACCCCCUUCAUGUUUUGUGGGCAGAGGCCUCUCCGCAAGCAGUUUUCGGCAGGUUCCGAAGCUGUGGCUUUCCCCACGGAAUCCUGGCAGUUGCUGUUCAGCAAGGGCUGUGGGACAGCCUCUGGGGCCAUUCCGUGGGAAAAGGCCACAAGGCUUCAGAUUGGCAGCCCUGUAAACACACCUUUCCAGCAUCUGUCAGGAUUCCCUUUCCGAUCGCAGAAAAGGUGGCAUGACAUGCUGUGCAGUUUGCUUCCACCCAGGGACCCCAGACAUGGGGAUGAGAGGGCCCCUGUGGGAAGAAGGUGCCCCUCAGUGGGUUGGACCACAACCCCCGGUGUGCCCCCCCAGGGGGCCGAGAGCGGGAGCCUAAUGCAUCGCCUGCCAGGAAGGCUGGCACGGAGAGAACAUAACGGAAGGGUACAAUUACCCCCUCAGAGACCCAGCGACCUCAGCACCUUCGGGUGGUUGUUCUUUUAAAAGAUGUCUCAAUAAAUUGUAAUCGAUGAGAAAAGAAA